AGGAAAAAAGUCUAUCUCGUAAAAGUAGAAACAAUUUUGUUGGCAGGACUCGUCUCCAGUAGACUUCAGCAAGUUGUUUAGAUCAGUUUAGAUAAUGUGAAGUUUAAAGACAGUUAUGGUGAUAAAUAUAUCGUUUUUUAAGUGUUGAGAACUGUAAAAAUAUUACUAUAUCAAUACACGCACAGUUCCAUAACCUCUUAAGAAUGUCAGUAACAUAAGUCAGUCAUUAAAUUAAAGUAUUUCGCAAGCAUUUUGUGCUAAUAAUAUUAAUAUAACCUUUUGGAGUAAUCAGAAAAAAAAUGUAUUUCAGACAAUAAAAUUUGUGUAAAAGGUUACCAAAUAAAAAAGGAAUUAUUUAAUAAAAAAAUUUAUCGGUAUGCUUAAGGACAUACCGUUGAAUAUUCUUGUGGAAUGAAUGAGGAAGAGUUAUUGAAACGAUCCGCUGCUGAGCGGGACAGAAUAUUCAGUUGUUACGAUCGUGGUAGAGAGAAUGGUGCUCAGAUCGACUCGUGGGAAGAUCCAGGAUAUGAAGUGUACCAUACAACAGACAGAUAUGGAUUUAUCCAUGAUAAACGAUUACCACGCAAACUGGAGACGAAUGAAAUUAAAAUGCAUCAAAUUGAAAUGGAAAGAGUGAAGAAAUGGGAAAAAAUGACGAGUCAUUGGGAGAGCUCAGCUACCAAAGAAAAAUUAAGAAGAAGAGUAUAUAAAGGUAUACCUGAUAGAUUCAGGGGACGAGUAUGGGCCUUAUUACUUGGAAUAGAGGCUUUAAAACAGGAAAAAGCCGGAAAAUACGAAGAAAUGCUUCAACUUGCUAGGCAAUGGUCAACAGAGAUCAGACAAAUUGAUGCAGAUGUUGCUAGACAAUAUAGAGAUCAUAUAGAUUAUAGAGAAAGAUAUAGUAUCAAGCAGAGAUCCAUGUUCUAUGUACUGGCGGCAUAUAGCAUGUAUAAUAUGGAAGUAGGAUAUUGUCAAGGAAUGUCAGUUUUAGCAGGAUUAUUAUUAUUAUAUAUGAAUGAAGAAGAUGCUUUUUGGGGCCUGUCUGUUCUACUGGCAGAUAAGAAGUACAGCAUGCAUGGUUUCUACAUUGAUGGUUUUCCCAAACUCAAUCGAUUUAUUGAACAUCAUGAUAAAAUAAUGAAUAAAUUCCUUCCAAAGCUAAAACGUAAACUAGACAAAUGCGGUUGUGAUUCAAUGCUUUAUGCAUUAAAAUGGUUUUUUGUUGUGUUUCAGGAAAGAACGCCCGUUAGUCUUGGUCUUCGUAUUUGGGAUAUCUUCCUUUUGGAUGGAGAUCGAGUAUUACCUGCCAUAGCAUAUACUGUAAUGAAACUACAUAAACGGUACUUAAUGCCGUUAGAUAGUCUUGAUGAAUUCUGCAAUUACUUACAAGCGAAACUUGAAAAAGACUUUCGCUUUGAUGAUGAUACAGUGAUAAAUGCGGUUGAAAGAAAUAUAGAAGAAUUGAAACGUGCCAGACUGGACUAUCCAGGUGCACCUUUGCCUCAUGAAUUGCCACAAUAUCCAUUUGGAACAUUUAAAGAGCCUUCAUUCACUAGUAAGGUCGGGAGACGUGCAGAAGAAUUUUCUGAAGCUCAAAUAGUCUUGAGGGAGUCAGUAGCGCAACGCAGAGAUCUGGCAGUUCUAGAGGAUAACCGGAAUAGUCCAAUCCCUGGAGAUCCUCCGAGUGGCAGCGAUCUUGGGGGAAGUAAAUUCUCAUUCGAUCCGAGCCUUGAUGAUGGUGGAUCUCCAAAUGGUUCCCGACGCUCUCUAGCUGAUACGUCGGUUACAUCAACAGCUGAUCUAUCAGUCUUUAGUUCAGCAACACGAUCUCAAGCUUUGGAUAAUAGUCUUGAUACUCAAAGCAACAUUUCCGUGGGUAGUUCCGGCAGUGGAGGACUUCCUACUCCUCGAGCAACACCUCAUCAUCCCAGUCCAGACAUCGUAAGGAUUUAUGUACCUUAUUCACCACUUUCCCCGUCCUCUUAUGAAGAAGAUCUCCAACGUUCUCUUCCUCGUGCACUCGAGGCUAAUAAAAUACGCAUAAAAAUUGAUCCCGACGAAACACCAAUAGUUGAGAAUCUCAAACCUUUUACUCUCGAGAGUCCUGAAGUUGAACUAGAUUUGAAAUAAAUUCUCGAGUAAGUUUGAUUAUUAAAAAAAUCUAAAAUACUCUAUAUGUUACUACUAAUGGAAUAAAAAAUAUUUCUUUAUUCCUCAAGUAUUCUUAUGAUAAGUUUUAUUUUUUUUUAAUAUUAGUAAAUAGAGUUUGGAGAUUAAUUAUAUAUAAAUAUAAUACUGUGUAAAAUAAGAAUGAAAACUGAACGCCUAUGGUAAUUGUUCAAUAUGUAAAAAUAGUUCGAUCUAGAUACGAAAAAAAAGGAAUAGUUCUUUAAAUAAUAAUAUUUCUUCUUAGUGUGUGUAUAGAAGUUUAUGACAGUAUUUGAAUAAGAAAAAAAAAAGAUUGAAACUUAGCAAUAGCUUUGACAAUGUAAAUGUCAAUAGCACAUGAUGUAACAAAUUUAAGGACAUAUUUGCCAGUCUUAUAAUUUUCAUAAUUAUAAUUAUGUUCAAUUAUUA